AAGAGUUUUUUCCCUUUCUUCUCUUCACUCUUCACUCUUCACUCUUCACUCUUUUCUUCUCUCUCUUCAUGGCUGACCCUUACGGCCUCCCAGAGGAUCUCCGGCGACUCAUGUCCAACAGACCUCACUUCACCACUGCCACCGCCGCCGCUCCUUUCUUUCCUCUUCCGGAGAACCCACUCUCUCUCCACCACCACCACCACCUCCUCAAUGCUCCUCCUCCACCACCGCCUCUCAACACCACCUACGACCCCAUCAUCAUCAACAACGUCGUCGGCGACCUUUUCUUCCCUCGUUCUAAUAACAACACCACCAGCGCCGCCUUCACCGCUCAUCAUCAUCACUUCCCUCUCCAUCACCACCACCACAACUCCACCAACAAUUCCCCGUCUUCUUCUUCUCUCAACCCCACACCCCCGCCACCUCCUCCUCCUACUACUACUUCUGUCUCAGAUCAUCAUCAUCAUCAUGCAUUCAUGGCCGCCAUGGACACUGCUUCUGCUGCUGCUGCUGCUGCAUCCAUGGACAAAGGAUGGCUGGCCUUCGACACCGGCACCAACCGCUGGCCUCGGCAGGAGACUCUCUCCCUUCUUGAGAUCAGAUCUCGUCUUGAUUCCAAGUUCAGAGAAAAUAAUCAAAAAGCUCCCUUGUGGAAUGAGAUUUCUAGGAUAAUGGCUGAGGAAUUUGGGUACCAAAGGAGUGGGAAGAAAUGCAAAGAGAAGUUUGAGAAUUUGUACAAGUAUUACAAGAAGACCAAGGAGGGAAAAGCUAGUAGACAAGAUGGGAAACACUACAGAUUCUUCAGGCAACUUGAAGCUAUAUGUGGUGGCAGCGGCGGCGGCAGCGGCGGAAGUGGUGGAGAUUCAUCAAACACUACUCAUAAUAAUAAUCUUCAUGCCUUAGCGUCAAACACUGCUUCAGCUUCUGUUGCUGGUGCUAAUGUUCAAACCCCAAGAAGCUUCAAUGGUGAUCAUCAGAACAAUAAUAGCUUGAUCAAGUGUUCAGAGAGCUUGAGUUUUUCGAACUCGUGUGAACUGGAGACAUCGUCAUCUGAGAACAAUGAUGAGGAUCUUUCAGCCAUUGCAUACAUGAUGAAGCACUCCACAUCUUCAAGGGACAACAAUAAUAACAAGCAGAAAGGGGUGCAAUUGGAUGAUGAUCAUCAUGGGGGAAGGGUGAGAAGAAGAAGAAGCUUGAGGGCAAAAGUGGAAGAGAUAGUUGGUUCCCACAUGAGGAAGAUCAUUGAGACACAAGAUGCAUGGAUGGAGAGAAUGGUGAGUGUUGUUGAGCAAAGGGAAAAGGAGAUGGCAUCCAUGGAGGAAGAGAGGAAGAAGAAAGAGUCAAUGAGGUUUGACCAAGAGGUAACGGAGCUUUGGGCAAAAGAGAGAGCUUGGGUUGAAGCAAGGGAUGCUGCAUUGAUAGAAGUUGUAAGAAAACACAUUGGAAAUGGAAACAAUAAUAGCAAUAAUAAUAAAGAGUUUGAGAUUAUUGAAGCAUUGGCACCUCAAAGCAAUAACAAGAGCAACAAGGGCCAAACUGCAAAUAAUAACAACAAUAAUGGUGGUGGUGGGAGGUGGAGUGAAAUGGAGAUAUCAAACUUGAUACAGUUGAGGACAGGGUUUGAAGAGAGAAUGAGGGAGAAUAAUAAUAAUAAUGGUGGAGGAGGGUAUUAUUUUGAGAGUAAUAAUAAUAAUAAUAAUAAUAAUGGGGUAAGUAGUGUUUGGGAAGAGAUCUCAGGAAAAUUGGGAUGUUUGGGAUUUGAGAGAAGUUCAGAAGAGUGUAAGCAGAUUUGGGAUGAGAUCAGCAUCUCACUUGGGAGGACAAAUACUUCUGCUGCUGCUGCUGCUGUUGCCAAAACCAAUAGGCCUUGGUGUUUGGAACUCAAGCUCACUGAUGAUGAUGAUGAUGAUGAUGAACAUCAUCAUGAUCAUGAUGAUCAUCACAUUUGACCGUACAUACAUUUCUACUUAUAUUGCAUCAUCGUAUUGCAUUGUGUUAUUUCUAAUUAUUUUUUAUGGAAUAUUAUG